AUGGGGAGGAGACCCAAUCAGACAACCAGAAAUGACUUUGUUCUCCUAGGGCUUUUUUAUGAUAUUCAAUCCCCCAAUCUCCUUUUCUCACUCAUCUUCUUGAUGUUUCUUGUGGCCCUUUUUGGCAAUGUUAUGGUUAUUCUCAUUUGGAUGGACUCUAGACUCCAUACACCUAUGUACUUCCUUCUCAGUCAACUUUCCAUCAUGGAUCUCUUGUACAGCUCCAUUAUUGUCCCCAAGAUAGCCAGUGAUUUCCUGUCUGGGAAGAACACUAUUUCCUUUAUUAACUGUGGAAUUCAGCUCUUUGUCUUCACAACCCUUGCUGCAGCAGAGUGUCUUCUCCUGGCAGUCAUGGCUUAUGACCGAUAUGUGGCCAUAUGCCACCCUCUCCGCUACUCAGUUCUCAUGUGCCCUACAGUCUGUGGCUUCAUGGUGGCUGGCACAUGGCUGGUUUCUCUGCUCAAUUCUUUGGUCCAUGCCAUAUAUAUUCUGAAUCUCCCUUUCUGCACUUCAAGGGAAAUCCAACAUUUCCUUUGUGAGGUCCCAGCUCUCCUCAAAAUUAUCUGUGCUGAUACAUCUCUUUAUGAAAAUGGGCUUUUUGUGAGUGGUGUUUUGUUCCUCCUCAUUCCAAUAUCCAUCAUUAUGGCUUCAUAUGGACAAGUACUUACUGUUUUGAGAUUAGGAUCAAAGGUAGGGAUAAGAAAGGCUUUGGGAACCUGCUCUUCCCAUAUGAUUGUGGUGUCUCUCUUCUAUGGAACAGCCAUCAUCAUGUACCUUGUCCCCAAAGCCUAUCACACUGCUCAGCAGGAUGAAGUAGUAUCUGUCUUCUACAUGAUUGUCACUCCUAUGCUCAACCCCCUCAUCUACAGUCUUCAAAAUAAAGACGUGGCUGCAGCCCUCAGGAAAGUUCUGGGAAGGUAA